UGUCAUAUAGAACGUGUCGUAUAUAUAAAAAAAAACUAAUUCUACUGAUUCAAACAAAUUGAAAUUUUACUCAAGUUUUUUAUUAUUUUGAUUUGGAAGUAAAAACAUAUGCACAUAUGGAAAGAUGACCGUCAAAUCAGACGUUUGUUUGCAUUGCAAUUUCGCUAAUUGCGAAUCGGCAGAUGAAAGCAGGCAGUUUCAGGAUUUAUUCGAUGAAUUGGGAACGGAAUUGCAACUAGUAAAAUUAGUGGAAAAGUUUUUCCAUUUAAAAGUGUUGGAAACUAACAACCAAAAAUUAUGUGAAGAUUGUGUGAAUCAUUUAAUUGAGUUAGUGGAUUUGGAAGAGCAUGGCAAAAGAUCAGACGAGAGGCAUUCGCAGACGGUUUCGGAAACUGAAUGCGAAUUUGAAAGUGUGAAUGACGAUGAUCAGUUGUCUAAUGAAUUCUGCGAACAAAUAUUGUCGGAUGGUAAUGAUGAAACCGAAAGUUCGCAAUUUGAAAGCGUGCUCAUAACAACUGAAGACAUAAGCUUUGAUAGCGUAACAAAUGAAGCUAACUCGGUCAAGAUGUUAUCUCCGGAAAGUAAUGUAGCGAGCAAAAACGAACUUGAUUACCAUGAUGCAUUAUUUGAAGAGAUAGCAGAAAAUUCACACAGUAAUCAAGCAAACACGGAUGAUGAAUAUGAAAAAGUUUUUAACGAAGUAUACGUAGUACAAGAAGAUACCCAAAGUUCCGAUAUUGAUUUUGCAGGUAGUGACUGUGACGAAGUUGAAGCUGAAAAUGGAAGUUGUUCCGCAGAUUAUGUGGAAGCUCAAGAAUUGUUCAAUGAAAUUCCUAGUUCUUUGGUUGUCGAUCGUGUUGACUUUAACGGUUACUUAGACUUAGCUCUAAGUACCGAAUUCGAAAAUUUGGAGCUACGUUGGACUACCGAGUGCAAGUUGUGUUUGGGCAAAUACGAGACAUUACAGGAACUCUUAACGCACACUUGCCUCACGAAACAAGCCUCUGAAGAAAAUUUCGUGUGUCUGUUCAAAGGUUGCGAUGAAGUUUUAACAAAUAUCAAGCAUUUAGCUAGACAUGUUGUUAUAAGGCAUUAUAGAAACUUAGAAAGCUUGAAAAUCUAUGGAAGCUGUCCCGAAUGUGAAUGUAACUUUUCAGAGUUUACACAAUAUAACAAGCAUUCUUGUUGCCGUCAUUUAAGACGAAUACCCGGCGUAGGCAACACCUGCAAAUUUUGUAAUUUAAGUUUUCAAUCAUUCAAAAGAUACAUUUUUCAUAUGCAAUUUCAUUUGCAAAAACAUCGUCCAAAAAUUUGCCUGAUAUGUUCGGCAACAUUUGAUGACCUCAACGAAUUCUUUGAACAUGUCACCUACAAACAUGAAAUGGGCAAUCUUAAAGCUUGUCUAAAAUGCGAUCGUUGUUUUAAGGAUGAAAAACUGUAUAAAAGCCAUAUGAAGAAACAUAAUUCAAAGCCUUCGUACGAUUGUUCACAAUGUCAUAAAAAAUAUGAAUAUCGCCAUAAUUUACUAACACAUAUGGCAACCUAUCACAAUUACAAAACCAAAUACUUGCAGUGUGAAUAUUGUCAUAAACAAUUUGUCAGCAGUAAUAGUUACCGCAAGCAUCAGAAAUUUCAUUUGCCCGAAACGGAAGUCCAUGCCUACGUUUGCAUCGAGUGUGGACUAGUUGGCAGUGAAAGUGAUACGUUGAAAAUGCACACAGAAAUUGAUUCAUCGUCUCCGUGCUUCAACGCUGAAAUUGUUGAGCAGAUAGUUACUGUAGUUUAUAAUUGUGAAAAUUGCAGUUUGGAUUUUGAAAAUGUAAAACAGCUCAAGAAACAUCGUUUAUCGUCGCCCACCCAUCGUGAUGAUUUAUUCAAGUGCUCACUUUGUGAUAAGGCGCACGACGAUUAUAGACGUAUGCGUAAUCAUGUGAAAACUCAUAAAACCUAUGAACAUUGGCAGGAAAAUUUUCCAGUCUGCCGUUUGUAUGUGUGCAAUAAACAGAACUGUGAGGAAUCUUAUCCUCUGUGGUCGUCUCUUUAUUAUCAUAAAAAGCGUCCCCAUCGAAAACUAAAUGCUGAUAAGAUUUCUAAACUUGAUUUCAAAUGUCAGUUUUGCAAAAAACUUUGUCCCACCAAAAUGUCUUUAGCUGUACACGUGGCCCGCAGUCACAAUAACAAAUACCUGAAAUGCUCUUAUUGCCAUUAUUCGUACAAGGACGAAAAAUGCCUACAGGAGCACAUUGACUACAUGCACACGCCCGUAACAUGUGAUCAAUGCUUUAAAACCAUCAAAAAUCGUAAAAACUUUGAAAUCCACAAACAUGUCGUUCAUCAGCAUACGCAACGGUAUUUUUGCAGUGUUUGCCAGAAAGGCUUCUAUCAUCGCAGCGAAAUGGAAAAUCACGAAAAAACAGCACACACACAAAUAACGUAUAAUUGCGAACUAUGCGGGUUCACUACCAAUUAUCAAAAAUCUAUGGACAUUCACAUGGCUAAACAUAAUAAUCAAAAGGAAUUUCGCUGCGAAUUGUGUUCAAAGCAGUUCACCCGCAAACACGUUCUAAAGCAACACAUGCGACGAUAUCAUGAAAAUAAGGAAUUCUUUUGCCCUCAUUGUGAAGAUGCUUUCAUUAAUCUCCGAUUGUUACAAAAACAUUGUGCGGAAAACCAUAAGGGAUUAGAAAAUGAACCUCUAAAGAAAAGGUUUAAGAAAUCAUCAGAUUCUCAAAUGCCAUUACGAGAGCACCGUUCAUUAGAGGCAGACUCAAGCGAGACCCUAGAAAUUAAAGAACUGAUUGAAGAAAUCUACGUGGAUGACAAUCUUCAAGUGAAUGAUUUCGAUGAUUUAAGUUAUACUGUAUAAACGUGUCCAAGAGAUUUAUUUUUUAAUCAUUUUCUUAAUUUAUUUAAAUAGCUUCUAUCAACAUUCUUCGACACAUUAAACUAAGUCAGCCAAAAAACAAAAAAAAGAAAAGACAAAACGGUUGUCGGUUUUUCGAAAAGUUUA